AUGGAUGAUUUUAUCGUCUAUGGAGACUCCUUUGAUAUUUGUUUGAGAAACCUCACAAAAAUUUUACAAAGAUGUAUAGAAACAGAUCUGGUCUUAAAUUUUGAAAAAUGUGACUUUAUGGUUGACCAAGGUCUGAUUCUUGGACAUGUUGUUUCAAAAAGAGGUUUGGAAGUCGAUAAAGCAAAAAUAGAUGUUAUAAAGAGCUUACCCUACCCGAAGAAUGUUCGGGAAGUGCGUUCCUUUCUUGGUCAUGCAGGGUUUUACAGGAGGUUUAUAAAAGAUUUUUCAAAGAUAUCAGUUCCCAUGUGCCAGUUAUUGCAAAAAGACGUUGAAUUUGACUUCAAUGAAGAUUGCAAGAAGGCUUUUGAUGUGCUGAAAAAUCUUCUUACUUCUGCCCCCAUCAUUCAGCCCCCAGAUUGGAGUCUACCAUUUGAGAUAACGUGUGAUGCCAGUAACACUGCUGUUGGAGCUGUUCUACGACAGAGAAAAGAGAUUAGGGACAAAAGUGGGAGAGAAAAUUUGGUAGAUGAUCAUUUGAGUCGACUCACCCCACCUGAAGACCCAACACCGAUUCGCGAAACAUUUCAUGACGAGCAUCCAGUCGCUGUUCAGAACCCUCCUUGGUGUCAAAUGACUGGGUAUUUGACAUCUCGUAAUCAGAUGCCACUUACUCCAAUCUUAAUAUGUGAAAUCUUUGACGUUUGGGGUAUAGAUUUCAUGGGUCCAUUUCCGCCUUCUUUCAGGUUUUUGUACAUCUUACUUGCUGUGGAUUACGUGUCUAAAUCGGUCGAGGCUAAAGCUACACGAACAAACGAUUCCAAGGUUGUAGUUGAUUUUUUCAAGACAAAUAUAUUUGCUAGGUUUGGGACACCAAAAGACAUUAUUAGUGAUCGGGGUACGCAUUUAUGCAACCGCACCCUCGAAGCAGUACUCAAGAAAUAUGGUGUAACACAUCGAGUAUCCACAGCAUAUCACCCACAAACCAACGGGCAGGCUGAAGCUUCAAACAGAAAGAUCAAUGGUAUUAUAGAGAAAACCAUCAAUCCAAUUAAGAAAUAUUAG